GCCCGGUUAUCAAUAGUAUUCUCAGAUUAGGGUUUUAUUAUCACAAAAAUCAAGAAUCCCACUUAUAUACUCUCUCAACCGCCGAAAAAUAAAGGGGAGAUUAAUAUCGGCAAUUCACAACAGCUGGUGGAAGGGUUGUCGAGCUGAACAAAAAUGCCGAAGCAGAUUCAUGAGAUCAAGGACUUCCUUCUCACCGCCAGAAGGAAGGAUGCAAGGUCUAUCAAGAUCAAGCGGAGCAAGGAUGUCGUAAAGUUUAAGGUUCGCUGCUCGAAAUACCUCUACACCCUAUGUGUGUUCGAUUCCGAGAAGGCCGACAAGUUGAAGCAAUCUCUUCCCCCAGGUUUGAGUGUCCAAGAUCUGUAGAUGAUGACAUGAAAAUGGAUUGUCUUUUGAAACUUUGAGUCAUUUUUUUGGUGGAUGAGUUUAGAAAUUAUGUCAACAAACAAAACUCUUGUAUUUUCAGAUAAAAAGAUUAUUAGUAGCUGCUUUUGUUAUGUGGAUUGCUUUACAAUGUCCCAAAAAUACUUUGUUUUCCUUGUUUUUAGUUGUGUUUCAACUUUCUAA